CAGACCUAACAUACUCUAUAUCAUGAAUAGAACCAGGUUUUUCAGUACUGUGUCGAGGUUAAACAGAACUGGAUACAGUACGGUGGAGCCAGUACAUCACUUGGUACCCAUAAAUAAGGCUGCAUUAAGGCCGGGGUUACAGGAGUUAUUACUUCCCAAAGACGACAUCAGAUCUCCAGGUUACAAGCCAACUAACAUUGGACAAGACAGAGUUAGAGAUUAUUAUGAUGCUCACCUCAAGAGCAAUUUGAUGUUGCAAUUAUACAUUCAUGGUGAAGAGACUACCGAUGGCAAUAAACACAGAUCCUGGGGCACGGAUUCCCCGUACAAGUUAUACAGAAAAAUGAGAAAGCCCAAAGGUUUAAGCAGAGCCACCAAAGACAUCAAACCAAUAGCACCCAAAAACAUCCCAGAGUUGACGGGUAUAAACAUCAACUUAUACAACCGCGAGGCCUUAGAAGACAGCUGGCUCAACAUAUCGUCUAGACUUCAGAUUGCUCAAAUCACCAACGUCAAGCCCAAAAGAAUCUUCAAUAAGUCUAACAUUGUCCAAUGGAAGUGUAGAGAGGGUAAACCAUGUGGGUGUAAAGUUCACUUGACUGGAGAAGACAUGCACCAGUUCUUGUCCACAUUGACAGAGUUAGUUUUGCCCAGAAUCAGGACUUUUCAAGGAAUCAGCAAGAAAUCUGGUGAUCAUAACGGAAACAUUUCCUUUGGUUUAAGCCCAGAAGACAUUAAGUUCUUUCCAGAGAUCGAGAACUUCCAAGAGUUAUUCCCGAAUUUAUUUGGAUUUCAUAUUACUCUUCAAACCUCAGCCAGAACUGAUGAGCAGGCCAGAUUAUUGUUGAGCUCUUUGGGCUUCCCAUUCCAUUAAAUAUACUUGUAAAUAUAUCGCUACAAAAUCGCAGCAUC